AUGCCAAGAACAAGUUCUUUCCGCCUUGCUGCAAAAAAUAUUUUCAUCACAUAUUCUAGAUGUGAUGUUUCAAAAGAAUUAUGUCUUGAAAAACUCCUUGAUAAAUUCACCAAUAAUCAACCUUCAUACGUGAGAGUAUCCUCAGAGCUACAUGAAGACGGUACUCCACACCUACAUGUACUCGUCCAAUUUGCAGACAAGUUCCAAACAAGAGAUGAUAGAGUAUUCGAUUUAGUAUGCCAGCAAAGAUCUCAAGUAUAUCAUCCAAAUAUACAAGCUGCCAGAGAUGCAAGAGCUGUACGAGAUUAUAUUUCCAAAUACGAAGAUUUCUGUGAAUGGGGAACGUUCAAAUCCAGUAAGAUAUACAGAAAUCAACAUGAGUGCUAUACAGAGGCACCAGAACAAGAAACAAUUGAAGAUUUCAUGAACACGAUCAAAGAAGGAGAUCCAAAAUCCUACUGCAUAUAUUAUGACAGGAUUAAAUGCAAUGCUGAGAAGUUAUACUCUACACCAACUCAAGAAUAUACAAGUCCAUUUCCAUUAGCCGAUAAUGUUCCGUAUGAAUUACUGGACUGGGCUAAUACAAAUAUAAAGCCCAUGGAAUCUAGGCCCAAUAGACUAAUGUCCAUUAUUGUCGAAGACCCAUCCAGAUUAGGAAAAACAAUAUGGGCCAGGUCAUUGGGUCCACACAAUUAUUUGUGCGGGCAUUUAGAUCUGAAUAACAAAGUGUACAGCAAUGAUGUCUGGUACAACGUCAUCAAUGACAUCAAUCCGCAAUAUCUCAAGCAUUAUAAAGAGUUCAUCGGGGCUCAAGGGGACUGGGUAUCAAACUGCAAAUACGGCAAACCAGUCCUGAUCAGAGGAGGAAUUCCAGCUAUCAUGUUGUGUAAUCCAGGUCCAGAUUCAUCAUAUAGGGAUUAUCUUGAUAGAGCCGAUAAGCAAGCAUUAAGGGACUAG